CUAAGAACUCCAACGUCUUGCCACCAUUUCAGCUUCUUUGGUAAAACCAAUAAUGGCGGAAACCAUUGCUCCUACUCCAGCGCCCACACCAAAUCUCAAGGCCCAGCCCAUCAUCCAGGAGAAACUCCGACCAUGGAGCACAGCCCCACAGGAAUUAUUCGACCCAUCAAAGCACCUCAGCUAUGUCUCCGAGCCCAAGUCACUGUCAUUGAAUGACCUCGGGUUGUCUGAGCAUAGUGGCGAACACGUCGCCAUCUCUCCGAUGGGCUGCUCAGAACCGUUCCCUCUCUUCAGCAACAAUGCUAUCACCAUAAUGCGCAGUGAGAUCUUCACAAACGAAGUAUGGGAUAACUGCCUGCACAGCACCGAGUUUGCGGGAUGUCAGUUGCGUGGUCACUGUCCGAAGUAAGUGCCCCUAUAUGCGCACCGAUGGGCCUUCCGGCUAACGUGUGGAAAGGUAUGCUCCGUUCAUGUACGAAGCAUGGACGAGCCCGAAGACGCUGGAGAUAGUGUCCAAGAUUGCGGGCGUUGACCUCAUCCCGGUGAUGGAUAUCGAAAUCGGCAACAUAAACAUCUCGGUCAAGACCUCAAGCGAGGAUCCCAG